UUCGAUCUAUUAACCAUCUUCCUCACUAUCAAUAUCUCUCCUCUAUGCUCCAACAAACAAUUCCAGUGACAUGGAGGAUUCAAACAUGCUUGCUGCAGAGUGUAUUGUCAUAUCUUGUUGUUGCCCCUGUUUGAUCCUUCAGAUCAUUGUCUUUCUUUUGCUCAGACUUCCAUACAAACUGCUGGUAAUGUCUAAAAGAUUUGCUCUCAAGACACUUGGAAAGAGAAAGAAGGGAGAGAAGGCCACCAUGGGGAGCAGAGAUAGAUUUUCAUACAUAAGUGAAAUGGUGAGAAUUCAAAGAGAUCUUUUGACAAUUCAGGCAAGAGGGAUUCCUUUCAAUUCUGAUCAAAGUUGUGAGUGCACCCUUUCAGAAAUUGAGAAGGUUUUGGGAGAUUUGUGUCGACAAGGAGAGUUUGCUUUUGGAAGCUUUUGGGGAAGGGAUGAGGAGACCAGAAACUCCCCAUCCAAUAUAGUUCAGGAUCAUGAGGAAUCUGAAAAUGUUGUAAAUUACCAAGUCAUUGAAGUGAUUAGUUCCAUUAAGACUUUUUAUAAUCCAGUCGUUACUCAAUCAAUUUCAUACCAAUCUUGA